CAUUAGUCACCCAAACGGUGGACCAUUGAGAGGAGAGAGAGGGAGGAAAAGAUAAACAGAUGGAUCAUCUGGGACGGCUUUGUUCAUUCUGGGUUUGAGCUUCUCUUACACUUGAGACGUGUAAGAAUUAAUGACAAAUUUCCCUGCAGUAAUUGGACAUUACUUCUUAUGAAAUUCAAUGCUAAAUGUUUCACACACAGCAGCAAUAUUUGGAAUAUUUAGAGGCAUUUUGAACGGACUGGUAUCAUGCAACACAGAUUUAAGGCUUUACCAUAACUACAGUCCAGCUCUUCAGCCAAAUACCCACGUACCACCAUGGCUAUCAUCGGUGCUGGCUUUGAUGACCAUUCCUUUAGCAGUGAUGAGAGUUACAACCACCUCUUCAUAGACACAGAGAACACUGUAGUCAAAGGCUUGUACUUCCAGCGUGGUCAGCUGCUCCGUGGACGUGAUGCCUCUUGGUUUGUGGAUCCUUCCUUGCGGGCCCUCAUCAAUGUGGGAGGUAUCCGUUAUGCUUUUCCCUGGAGUACUUUGGAAGAUUUCCCCCAGAGUCGCCUGAGUCACCUCCGCUCCUGCACCACCCUGAGAGAGAUAGCAGAGUUUUGCGAUGACUACGACUCCUUGUGUCAUGAAUUCUUCUUUGAUCGAGACCCUUACGCGUUUCAGGUGAUCUUCAACUUCCUGGGCCGUGGGAAGCUCCGCGUGCUGCAGGAUGUCUGCAAUGUAGCUCUGCAUACUGAGCUGCUGUACUGGGGCAUCGAUGUAGGACAGAUGGCACCCUGCUGCCACCACCGCAUGAUGUGCUCUGUGGAUGAGGUGCUGCAGCACCAGCGCAAGGAGGAAGAGUGGAGGGAGAGGAGAAGAGUGAGGAGAGCAAAUGCAGAGCAGGGAAGCCUCUUCCACAAGCUGGGAGAAGCAGUGGAGAACCCCCACUCUGGUUUUGCAGGCAAAGUGUUUGCCUUCAUGUCUGUCAUGAUGGUUGUGGUCACUGUAGUCAGCCUGUGCAUCAGCACCAUGCCAGACCAGCAGCAGCAAGAAUCUAUGGGUGAAUGCUCUCAGAAGUGCCGAAACAUGUUCUUGGUAGAGUCGAUUUGCGUGGCUUGGUUCACCUUGGAGUUUCUGGUGCGAUUUCUCCAUGCACAGAGCAAGCUGGAGUUCAUUCAGGGACCACUCAACAUCACUGAUAUAGCCGCCAUCUUGCCCUACUAUGUUUCCCUGUUUCUUGAGUUUAAGGACGAAACAGUGCACGAUAUUGUUGCUGGUGCAGGGAAGAGCACUCUAGAUAAACUGGGUCUAAUCCUGCGCGUGAUGAGGGCCCUGCGUAUCAUGUAUGUCAUGAAGCUGGCCCGUCACUCUAUGGGUCUGCAGACUCUGGGGCUGACCAUGCAGAGAAGCGUGACUGACUUUGGCCUGCUGCUGCUCUUCAUCUGUGUCGCCGUGGCCCUCUUUUCUCCACUAGUCCACCUUGCUGAAAGUGAGCUGGCUCCAAAUGCUGCUAGAACCCCCCAGCUAAUGUUCAGCAGCAUCCCAGCAUCAUACUGGUGGUCCAUCAUCUCCGUGACCACCGUGGGGUAUGGAGACAUGGUGCCACACAGCAUUCCCGGCCAAGUGGGGGCGCUAAUCAUCAUCUUAGCAGGGAUCCUCAUCCUGUCUUUCCCUUCCACAUCUAUCUUCCACACCUUUAACCGCACUUAUAAUGAACUUAAAGAAGAGCGCAAGAGGCUGUGGAAGGAAGAGAGGGGUGCUGAGCUUGCCACUGAGGCUGAAGAAAGCAUGAAAGAAAGAGAAACAUGGCCUGAUAAUUGGCCUGAAACUGAUUUUCUGCCUGGUCUAGAUGAUCAUUAUUACCUCUUCAUGAAAGACAUUCAAAUGCUGGAUAAGAACACAAGCCAUCAACCACUUAUUGCUCCUGCUACAUUUUGAUUAUAUGAAAAUACAUUCCUGAUGGGACUUGGUGUACACUCAGAAAAGCUGUAGGAGGUAGAAAAUAUGGAUAUGGACAUUAUUUUUGUGAUGAUUGUGAUGGCAAACUGGAAACUGCACCUAGAACAGAAACAGCUGCAUUAUACUGAUAACAAAACUUCCGCUCUCAGGAAGCAUUUGCACAGACAGAUGCUAACACAAAGCUAGCCAAGAACCGAAACUAAUGUUAAGGCAGUGAUGAGCAGUCAGGGUUGUAGCAAUGUAGCCUUUAUUUUUUCCUCUUCAAGUUCCUGCAGUAGUGUUCAUAUGUAAAUGGUACAAAAAAAUCAUGUGUCCUAAGUAGGACAGGGAUUUGUGUUGGUGUGUGGGAUUGUAGCUUAAGGUUUAUAUUAUCAGUGUGUAAUACAUUACUUUUUGAGUAAUCUUCCCAACAUUGUUCACCUACCUUUGUCAUGUCUGCUUAAAUGUAAAUGUAGUGUAUAAUUGAUUUAUUAUUAUAGUACUGUGAACAUUUACUGUAAUAUACAUUACCUAAACUUAUAUAGACUUUGGGUAUGCAUAUUUAUAUGUGCUGUGAAGCACGUCACGGUCCAGGGAAGUGUUAUGCUCCUGCACCUUAGCCUUGCCCGUCUUGGGUGGACGAAGGACGUAUUUUCCUACAUUUUAACAACUCCUCAGAUUGCUGUCCCUCUGGCCAUUCCUGCAACAUCCAUGGUUGCUGAAACACUCACCUGCUCACUUGUUCUCGGAGCUUCCCCGGCUCACUCACCUGCCUCUCUGCUCCAGCAAACACCUGCCGAAGGAAUUCCUUUCCUGGAACCUUCUCUAUUUGGACACCUCAAACCUUACCUGGACCCUCCCCUUCCUCCUCCAAGCUCCACAUCUCUCCUGAACAAAGUAAGGAGUACACUUCUCAUUUCCACAGUUGCUUCCUUCAUUAUCUUUGCAAAACUUAAGCUACAUCUCCCUCUGUUUCAGUAAACAUCACACCAGUGGCUCUAGUCCUUCUCCUACCGCUGUGAUUAAGUCUUCUGAGGAAAAGAUUAAAUAAACCUUGAAUUUC